GCGGCCAGAUCGUGUUUUGUGUUGCUGCCGCGCAGUAGCUUUUAACACAAGUGCCGAGGACAGCAAGUACAGACCGGGAAAAGUUAUAAUUUCAAAGAUUUUCCAAGUAACGGGUAUUGCCGCUCCCGGAUCAGCCUGAACCCUAGGGUCGUGUGGACACAUAACAGCAAGAGAUGUGGAUCCACUUAGAUUCCGCCUUCUGAAUAACGCAAGAUUAUUCAGAAACAGUUUGAGUCAUGACGGAACGGGAUGGGCGUUAUGAUCUGCCCAUCACCCCAGGGCAGGUUUAUAUUGAGGUGGAGUACGAUUAUGAAUACAAGGCUAAAGACAGACUCAUCUCCAUACGACAAGGAGAAUGCUACAUGUUGGUCCGUAAAACCAACGAGGACUGGUGGCAGGUUCGUCGGGAGGAUGGCACCAAAGCAUUUUACGUGCCCGCCCAGUAUGUACGCGAGGUCAGACGAGCCCUCAUGCCACCGCCCAAACCACGUGCCAAACCCCCCAACAUCCUAGAAAUCAGCCAGUGCCGAUCAUCAAAUGAAAAUCUCAACCAACACGCUCCCUCGGAAAGGGCGAGCAUUGGGCGCCCGCCUCCUUCAACAACACCGUCCCCAUUGCCAGGGCAACACACUCUGCCCAUGUUGUUGCGGGAUACCAAUCAGAACACGGGGAUGAAGAGCGUUGUUGCUGAGCUGACUCUACUUAACAACAACAACAACCAUCAUAACUAUCACCAUGGCAACCCUACACUGCCACAAGAGCGGGCGGAAUCCCCUCCAAGAGAGCAAGGUUGCCAGGGGAAACUUCCAGGUGGGUUAUCACUCGACUCGGAUCGGAGCGUGUCACCAGGAAAUGGGUUGGAAAAAAUUAGAAAUGACUCUGAUUCUGGAGAUGAGCUCAGCAGCAGCUCUACCGAACACAUGCAGGACUGUCCUCGAUUCUCAGUGUGGGCUGGUUUCGGCCCCACAUCCACAAGAAACUUGUUCUCUUACCUUCGAUCUCCGCACUACCUGAGCAUAUCUCCCACCGGGCAGGGCCGAUCAGAGUCCCCAGUCUACACAAACCUCCAGGAGCUGAAGAUCUCGCAGUCCUCUCUCCCUUCGGUGCCCUCCUCCUCCCCUCUGCACAUCCUGGGCGACUGGGAGACGCACAAAGACUUGAGUGGAAGAAACUUCUACUAUAACCGCACAACUCAGGAGAGGACCUGGAAACCGCCCCGCUCACGAGACAACGGGCUCAGUCGCGGGGACACGUCCAACACUGGGGACAUGGAGGCAGAAUGUUCGGGACUAACAACCUCAGUCACCGAAGCGCAGCUCAUUAGUGACAAGAGUCAUUUGUCAUCCGAAGAGAACUGUCUCAGCACUCACUCCAGUCAGUCAGACAGUCAGUAUGGAUCGCCCCCUAGAGGCUGGUCAGAGGAACUGGAUGAACAUGGACACACUCUCUAUGUGUCUGAAUACACUAAUGAGAAGUGGAUUAAACACGUGGAUGAGCAAGGAAGGCCGUAUUACUACAGCGCCGACGGAUCUCGCUCAGAAUGGGAGUUACCAAAAUAUAAUCUCUCCCCUCCAAACUCAGAAGAAGCUCCUAAGAGUCACAGUUUGGAGAGGAAACAGCAAGAGCCCAUUGUCCUGACCAAGUGGAGACACAGCACAUAUGUGCUGGACAUCAGUGACAAGGAGUCUGUACAUGCCAAACAGAUCUCUCCUGAAUCAGACUCCUGCCCCUCUUCACCAAAACACUCCUCUACUCCCUCAGAAAAGUGUGGUGUGCUCAAUGUCACCAAGAUCACUGAACAUGGCAAGAAAGUCAGAAAGAAUUGGGCCUCCACCUGGACUGUCCUUCAGGGAUCCUCAUUGCUCUUUGCAAAGGGUCAGGGCACCGGCACUAGCUGGUCAUACUGCCGCAAUGGUUCCUUCCCUGAACUCCUCCUUUCGUUGCUAAGUAACUGGAAGCGUUCGAUUAAGCCCCGUCCUGCAGUGUCCUAUAAGACGCACUGUAGGCGUGUCCGGGCUCCCUCUUUUGGAGGGAACCAGUCCAAACCAGAAUUCGCAGUGGAUCUUCGAGGAGGUUCAAUCGAGUGGGCAUCCAAAGAGAAAUCCAGCAAAAAGCAUGUUAUUGAGCUGAAGACACGAGUGGGCACAGAGCUGCUGAUCCAAUCAGAGAUAGACAGUGUGAUUAAUGACUGGUACAAAGCCCUGGCUGAGACCAUCAACACACAUGCAUGGGAGUCUGAUGAGGCCAUUGAAGAGGACAUGCCUGAAUCACCAGGAACUGAGAAGCAAGACAAAGAGAAAGAACACAGAGACUCAAAGAAAAGAGCAGUGAAGAACUCCUCCAGUAUGGAGUCCUCUGAACAGAAGAAGACAAGAGUCAAGCUAAAAAAGUUUCUCACACGGAGACCCACCUUACAGGCUGUCCGAGACAAGGGCUACAUCAAAGAUCAGGUGUUUGGCUGCAGUUUGACUUCCCUGUGUCAGAGAGAGGGAACCUCCAUACCCAACUUUGUCAAGAUGUGCAUUGAGCAUGUGGAGAGUACAGGCUUGAAUGUUGAUGGCUUGUACAGAGUCAGUGGAAACCUGGCAGUCAUCCAGAAACUGCGCUUUGCAGUCAAUCACGAUGAAAAAGUGAAUCUGGAUGACAAUAAAUGGGAAGACAUUCAUGUGACUACAGGUGCUCUGAAGAUGUUUUUCCGGGAGCUUCCAGAGCCCCUUUUCACCUACGCAUCCUUUAAUGAUUUUGUCGAUGCCAUCAAAAACUCAGAUUACAAGCAGCGAGUCCAGUCCAUAAAAGACUUGAUCAAACAAUUGCCAAAACCAAAUCAUGAAACAAUGAAAGUUUUAUUCAAACACCUGAAAAGGGUGAUAGAUCAUGGCGAGGUGAACAGGAUGACUACCCAGAGCGUGGCUAUCGUGUUCGGGCCAACCCUGCUGCGGCCGGAAAUUGAGACUGGCAAUAUGGCCGUUUAUAUGGUCUAUCAGAACCAGAUUGUAGAACUCAUCCUUCUAGAGUAUGAGAACAUUUUUGGCAGGUAGAAAUCUCUGGAAGGUAACGAAUCUCCAAGUGACGCCACCUGAAAAUGAAUCCUUUGAAACGUUAACGUCUCGUAUCCAUUGCACAAUAAGAAAACAAAGACAAGCUUAUUGUAACACAUAAUGCACCACUGCUGUGGAACAAGCUUAAAAGAAGAUAUAAACAGAAACACAUGGAUUUACUGUGACUUAUGACUGGAUAUAAACAAGAACAAUAAAUACAGGAAGGUUCUUUAUGCACUUAAUAUAUUUUGUGGGGAGUUUUGAGGAUAUACACAUUUCUUCCUUUGAAUUUUACCCUUUGGAUUAUCAUUCCUGAGGUGGUGGUAUCUUUGAUCUUGGUUUAGAAUAAACUGGAUGGACUUUUGGACAAUUAUGGAUGAUCAUUAGUCCCCAUGAUAUACUCUUUUUGGAAGAUGGGAAUAAUUCCUAAAUUGGACACUGGAAUGGACUAUAUAGCCAGUAUUGAUCCCUAGCAUAAAAACUGUGGACUAAGUGGAUGCUUUGAAGUCUUGCUGGAUUGAGUUCUUUGCAGUGAAAUGACAGUAGACCUGAUUUUUGGGUUUCAUUGAUUUCAGACAAGGAUCUGACUUUAUCCGGGCUAUCCCAAGCUUGGAAUUUCUUUUCUACUUUUUUCCCCACCUGUGGAAUAAGCUGAAAAUGCACUGUAUUUAGAAGGCAGUAUUAUUUGACAAUGGAUAUGGACUUAUGGACAAUGGGGUCGUUUAAUAUGGACAAGGGUUAAUAAUCAGUAUUAGUGCAGGAAUCCCCAGUUUAAUCAAAUAGGAAAGAUUCAAAGAAACCUUCCCUGUUGCUGUAAGAGUGUUCUUCACCCAAUUGUACCAUAUUUUCCCUCCAUCCACACCUUCCUAAAGUUCACUCAGAGUUCUUCAGUACUUUACACUAUUGGAUAACUGACAUGCUCAUCUCACUCUGUCCAUCAUGUCAUCCAAUAGAAAUCUCAGAGCUUUAAGAAACUCUGCCUUUUAAUGAAGUUACCAUCCCUUUAAUGAAAUAUAAGGACUUGAGGUGUCAUGUUUGUGAGGCCUGUGGAGGUCUAACCUGUGUUGUUUUCUUGGAAUAAAAGGACUGUGUUGUGCUGAAUCGUGUAACAGUAUAAGAGGGCCAGGUUAUUUUCCAUAUGUUAUGUGUAGUUUAAAAGCAAGGCCUCUCUCACUCCCCCUCAUAUCUCUUGAGGUUUACUGGAAAAAGAAAUGUGAGAUACUCAGAUUGGCAUUUAGGCCUUUAUAUGUUUAAAAUCAAUACACAGUAUUCAUCUACUCUUUCCCGCUCGAGCACUGCAUGGAAAGGAACUGACAACAAAUAACAGGAUGGUGCUGGAAAUAGUACUGUUAGUGAGUGUUAAUUGAAGGUACACAUGGAAACGCCUUCUGUCUGUCUCUUUUAAAAUAAUAAAUAAAAUUCAGAAAAAAUGUACAGAUUACUUCAAAAAGAACUUGAACCUGUUGCACAAAAAUGAUACCAAUAAUUGAAGUGUGAUAUUUUGAAGUUGCGUGUCAAUAACAAGUGAAAAAUAGUUUCUAAUUUUGUUGAUGUAUGGAUGAAGAAAAUGAGUAUUAGAUAUUAAUUGCUUAAAUAGGAUGUGGAAGGGGAAAUUGUCAUCACGCAUUGUGAACUGCACAUUUUGAAUGUAAUUUUCAGACUAACUGCUAUUUCUGAAAUUGAUGUUUAAUCCUAAUAAUAAAAAAAAAAAAACAAUCUUGGAUAAUAUUAAAGUGAUAAUAACUGA